AUGGCCGAUUCCAAUCCCGUCCAGGAGGCCGAGGCUUCCAUGGCCAACCUCUUUCUUGAUGAAGUCACCGGCGAGAAGGUCUCGAAGACCGAAUUGAAGAAGCGUCAGAAGGCCCGUGAGAGAGAUGCUAAGAAGAAGGAGAAGGCUGCUGCUGCUCCACCCAAGCCGGCAUCCAAGAAGGUCUCCGCCGAAGAGGAGGAAGCGAACCUGACCCCUAACCAAUAUUUCGAGAUCCGUAGCAACAGGAUCAACAAGCUUCGAGAGACCAAGCAGCCCGACCCCUAUCCUCACAAGUUCCAGGUCACCGAUGACCUCCGCAAGUACCUCAAGGACUACGAGAGUCUCGAGAAGGGCGAACAGAAGCCUGGUACUACAGUUCGAAUCGCCGGUAGAAUUUUUACCAAGCGCUCGUCCGGCGCCAAAUUGAUCUUUUACGAUAUCCGCGCCGAGGGCGUCAAGGUGCAGGUGGUUUGCCAGGCUCAGAAUGCCACCGGCGAGGUUUCGUUCGAUGCUCAGCACGAACACCUUCGGAGAGGUGAUGUUAUCGGUAUCGUCGGUUUCCCUGGCCGCAGUAACCCCAAGAACCGCCCAGACGGUGAGCUGUCCAUCUUUGCAACAGAGGUUGUUCUUCUCGCCCCCUGCCUUCACGCCAUCCCCUCCGAGCACUACGGUUUCCAGGAUAAGGAGCAGCGUUUCCGCCAGCGGUACCUCGACUUGAUCAUGAACGACAAGUCUCGCAAUGUCCUUGUUACUCGCUCCAAGAUUGUCACAUACCUCCGCAACUUCCUGGACAACCGCGACUUCGUUGAGGUGGAAACACCCAUGAUGAACGCGAUUGCUGGUGGUGCUACAGCCAAGCCUUUCGUGACUCACCACAACGAAUUGGACAUGAACCUGUUCAUGCGUAUCGCUCCCGAACUGUAUCUGAAGAUGCUCAUCGUCGGUGGUCUCGAGCGUGUAUAUGAAGUCGGCCGUCAAUUCAGAAAUGAGGGCAUUGACUUGACUCACAACCCCGAAUUCACAACCUGCGAGUUCUACUGGGCUUAUGCUGAUAUGUACGACGUUAUGGACUUGACUGAGGAGCUCGUUUCUGGUCUCGUUAAGCACAUCACUGGCGGCUACGAGACCACGUUCCACACACAGAGCGGAGAGGUAUACAACGUCAACUGGAAGGCUCCGUGGAGGCGCGUGGAGAUGAUCCCCGCCCUGGAAGAAGCCACUGGCGAGAAGUUCCCCCCUGGUGACCAACUGCACACCGCUGAGACUGGCGAGUUCCUCAAGAAGGUUCUCAAGAAGACCGGCGUCGAAUGCACGCCACCUCUCACAAACGCCCGUAUGCUCGAUAAGCUCGUUGGCGAAUUCAUUGAAGAGACCUGUGUCAACCCCACCUUCAUUAUGGGCCACCCGCAGAUGAUGUCGCCUCUGGCCAAGUAUCACCGCCAGAACGUCGGUCUCUGCGAGCGUUUCGAGGCUUUCGUCUGCAAGAAGGAAAUUGCCAACGCCUACACCGAGUUGAACGACCCCUUCGACCAGCGUCUCCGCUUCGAGGAGCAGGCCCGCCAGAAAGACCAGGGUGACGACGAGGCCCAGCUCAUUGACGAGAACUUCUGUACCAGCUUGGAAUAUGGUCUGCCCCCCACCGGUGGUUGGGGUAUGGGUAUUGACCGCCUGGUCAUGUUCUUGACGGACAACUACAGCAUUAAGGAGGUCCUGGCCUUCCCGUUCAUGAAGGAGGAUAAGACCGCUGCCGAAGGCAAGUCUGCUGCCGAGGUUGCUGGUAUUGAGCCUAUGCCUGAGGAGGGAAUUCCCCACAAAUAG